AUGAAGUGUACUGUGUGCCUUGUGGCUCUGGCCUUGCUUGGUAGCUUCUGUGAGGCGCAAUGGAUUCCAGGGGUCCCUGCGCCCAACAAACAGGUUCCUUAUAAUCCCCAACAGACAAAGCAGACAUUUGAGAAACCUCUCACCUGGAAAUACCCUGAAGAUCCGGAGCCUCUACCCAAAGACAAUGUGGAUUUCGAGCUGAGAUCUCCUGUUGCUGCUUCAUCUGUCUCUGUCGAUUGCAGAGAGAAGAUCGUUCAUGUGGAAGUCCAGAGGGACAUGUUUGGGACAGGCCAGUUAAUCAAUCCCACUGACCUGACGAUGGGAAACGGUGCUGCUGUUGGAGAAGACACUAAUGCUCAGGUCUUGAUUUAUGAGGCGCACCUGCAGGAUUGUCUCAGCGCAUUAAGGAUGACAGAAGAUUACAUCAUCUACACCUUCACCAUGAAUUACCUUCCCCGUCCUCUGGGCUCCUCCCCUGUGGUGAGAACCAGCCAAGCUGCUGUCAUUGCGGAAUGCCACUACCCAAGGUAUGUACCCUAUCAGUUAGAACCUUGCUCUUCAUCCCGCGUGGCUGUUAGAAUGGCUCAGGAAUUCUUGUACUUCACUCUGAGACUCAUGACUGAUGACUUCCAACAUGAAAGGCCAAGCCACAAGUUUUUCCUGGGAGACAUCAUCAAUAUCGAGGCUACCGUUCGGCAGUCUUUCUAAAGCAUUUCAUCUGAU